AUGAGCUAUACCGGUCUUGCAGUCCUGAGUUCGGACUGCACAACGACUCUGUUCCAAAGCCCGGUUGCAUUCUCCAUGACAAUCGACACCUGCAACCAGGAUCUGAUCUUCUCCAGCGGCUCCGGCUCGAGCCUCGUUCUCAAUUUGAAUGGGGGCAGCGGAACGUUCCUGGGCUGGCCUCUAAGCUCCCAAGGACUCCAGGUCACCACUUGCUCGGACUAUGAGAUCCUCAGCUUCACCUUCGGAAAUGGUUCUUCUGCCGUGGCCUUGAGUCUCCCCGGAAGUACAGCCAAAUGCGGCCUCAAACUUAGCACGGGCGCCAUCGUCGGCAUAGCCGUUGGUGCUGCAGCCGUCAUUGGCAUCGCUGCGGGCCUGUUUUUGCUCAUUCAGCGAAAGAAACUCACCUUGCGAGGAGUCGUGCAACCCUCCAAACCCCCAAGUAAGACAGGCUACCAGCAACAAGUCGACCAGCCCCAAAUGAGCCAGCCGCCAAUGUAUCAGCAGCCCGUGGCUCAGCAGCAGCCCAUGGCUCAGCAGCCCGCUUAUCAGCAGCCCGUUUAUCAGCAGCCCGUUUAUCAGCAGCCCGUUUAUCAGCAGCCCGUUUUUCAGCAGCCAAUGUCUCAGCAGCCAAUCUGA